GUUACAAGUAAUAAGCAAGUGCUCUACUUCCCAACUCGUAUUUUAAAAGAAUGCUUUGGACCAUCGUUUUCAUUUGCUUAAUAUAUUCUCAUAUUGGACGUAACGAACAAGAAACGCAUAAUGUCAAACCUAGAAUUAUCGGAGGAUAUAAUAUUAAUAUCAAAUCGCGUCCAUUUAUGGUAUCUCUUCAUGAUGAAUUAAAUGAUUUUCAAUGCGGAGCAAAUAUAUUGUCAAAAAGAUGGGUCAUUACUGCGCUUCAUUGUUUCAAUUCCAUAGAUAAAAACGAUUACUACAUUCGUGCAGGGUCAAAUUAUACCGAUCACGGUGGUACAUUACACAGAGUUAAAAAAAUUUAUGUUUAUAACGAAACGAUUUAUCCAUAUUGGUCUACGAAAAUAUACUAUCAUGAUAUCGCCCUUUUCAAAGUGACACCAUCCUUUCGAUUCUCUUCGACGAUUCUACCGAUUGGUUUACCGAACAACAAUAAAAUACCACGGAGACUUUACGUUUCUGGCUGGGGACAUACUUCUUUGAACAGUAACUCUCAUCGUACUCUGAUGACUGUGAACAUUCCUUACGUUCCAUUUAAAGCCUGUGUCAACUCUGUACCAUUGUAUAAAUUACUCGUUAGAAGGGAUCGUCAUCUCUGUUACGGUAGACGCGGCAAGGAUUCAUGCUACGGAGAUUCCGGCGGUCCAUUGGCUGAUGCUUGCACAAUUUAUGGCAUCGUAUCCUUCGGCCAUAAUUGCGGCGAGGUUUCUGGAGUUUACGCAAAAAUCUCUUACUAUCGUGAAUGGAUCAAGAUUAUUACAAAAUUAUAAGUCAAAGUGAAAGUAGAUAGGACAAGUCGAAUCACGGAGCGUGGACCCCAGCGCGUUCAGGUCCGAUGGACACAGGAAGUCCAUUACACGCGUGCCGCGCAACAGCGUGUCAUGCACACACGCGCGUGAACGUGUCUCUUUAUCUUCGUGCAGGGUCGAAAAAAAAAUAGUACAUUUAUUUUAUGAAAAGAAACAAUCAUUUUCAUUUUCUUUAAGGAAACGUAUGUAGAAAAAUGACGUAAAAAUUACAAGAGAAUAAUUUAAUAAAUAAAAAAUUCGCUUCGUUGAAAGACAAAGACGAACGAAGACAAACAAAAUUAUAAGUUGUUGGAAAUAGAACGUCUUUUCUUUUACCUUCGGCCCUGAACUUGUAGUACUUAUGUUAGAGACUAUCGUUUACCAAGCUGACUCAUCCACACCUGAACAUUUCUAUGCGAGAAGAUUGCAUGCUUUUCCGUUCGCAUUUCCGAACCUUUGUAAACUCUCCCCUUACUACAGACAAUUUAGUAAAUAUCUUUGUAAAAAAGAAAAAAGCGUGAGAAGUACUCUAUCACUGAA